AUGCAUUCCCAAGACAGACUCAAUUUGUACAUCAGUUUGAAAAUGGCUCCUUUACGGGCAACACGUACGAAUUCUUGGACAGCAACGUACGUUUUCCAAUUGAUUGUAAAUGCCUUAGUGUGGAUUUCCCAAAACCCACUGAUUUUUCUUCAGCCUAACUUUUACAUUCCGGUGUGUAACGCAGUCUCUGUCUUCACCUUUUACCUGGUUGAAAAAGGAAAAGCACUUUGUCAGGAUCGUCUCUCCGAAAACGAUGCUUCUAGCUCGUCAGAGUGUCGAAAUGGUCAUACCAAGAACUCCUUUAUACCAAGUGAUUAUGAAAGGCAAGAUGAAGGUGUGAAAUCUACAAUGCCAAAAGGUGAUUCCGCGCUGGAAAGCGACACAGCGAAGCCCGCCGAACGCAGCUCCAAUGUUCGUACUAGUUCUUUCGACUUCCCAAACAGAUUGUCUCUAUUUGUAAUUCAAGACAUCAUCACGCUCCUAGGUGACCUUAGAAGCAAGAAGACGAACAUUGUUGCGGGAAAAGACGACGCUGGUGACAUUUCACCGUGGUUAAACUUUUCAUCAUCCUGGGAUGCUGACAAACCGGGGACUUCUUCGAAAGAAGGAAUUCGAUUGCGUUUUGGCGAAGGAGACACCAACCUACAUGUUCCUUGGACUGGAAAAGAAACCAUGAAAAUUCCUAAGGAGCACGAUUGGGUUGUGACUCAGGAAGAAAGUCUGACACUGAAAACGUCAUCUUGUGAAAGUGUCAUUGUGGGUUUACCAAUCAGAGAACCGUCGGAUACAGGUAGCACUCAGAAUAAAACCAAUGCUUCAAGUAAGAGUGGAAAUCAGACGCCUCCAGCUGGAGGCAGACCCUCCCCACAGGCAGAGGGUCACUAUGAAAGCAUCAGCUACUCUGGCAACAGUAGUGGUAGCGGAGGAGAUGAUGGGGACGGUGAUGAUAAGAAGAAGCAGAGUGGUCGCAUUGGUGGCUGUCAAGGUAAUGACAGCGAUGAUGUGGACAAAGAGGAUAAGAGCAAGCAAGUACCCAAAGAACAGGGUCUAGAAUAUGGUGUUGAUAAAAAUGGUGACGAUUCUGGUGGCAGUGAGGAGUAUAGCGGUGAAACUCAAAGAACUGGUGACAGUCAGGGAAAUGGUGCCCAGUCUCUUCCACAGCCCUCAAGUAGCUAUAGCACAGUGCCUGGGGGAAGUGUUGAAUCAUUUACACAGAAAAAUGGCAAAAGCUCAUGUCCUAACAGUCCCAAGAAGGCAGCUCAUCUGGGCUUGCGGAUUGAUGUUAUGGCAGCCGAGAUGGAAGUUCAAGGACGAUUCGCACCCAGUGAGACACAGGUAGAAUCUGAAGAGAUAUGCAAAAGUGAAUCAGUUAAAGACCUGCAGAGACCAUUUACUUGUCGCCGAAACUUGAAUUCCGAUAAAGGGUGGCAGAAAUGUACUGAUUCCUUCUGUCAGCUAAUCCAAUACUUGCUUUACCACUCUCAAAACUGCAGAAUGCAUGUGUUGGGUGGAUGUGAAGAUUGCAUCCGUUAUAAAGAUAUCCUGAUUAAUCAUGUAUCAAAAUGUACUCUUCCUUUAGGACAAUGUGUAGUUGCAAGGUGUGAUUACAUCAGGGAGUACAUGUGCAUGAUUAAAAGCCCCCUUCCAGGAAACAGGAAGUGGACAUGGGCACUUGAUCGAUUGUUCUUUAGAUCCACACCCCCCACAACACCCACAAUUGAAGACAGUGAAGAGUUCUUAGAUGGUUAUAGAGAAGUUUUGGCUGGAUUGGCACAGGCACACACCCAAGAAGACACAGUCUAUGACACACAUAAAGACAUCAUAGUUGCUGGUGAAAGCUCAGCCUCUAAUGGUGAACUCUCGCCAGGUGCAGAUGGGUGGAAUCAGUACCAUGUGGACCGACCACCUGAUGCCCAAGUUACUAGAGGCCCAGUUAUCCAGGAAUCUGGUCAGCUGGAAUGCGAAGAAUAUUCACUAAGUGCACCAUUAAGUGCAGCUGAUGUGUCUGUGAAAAAUGCCUGUGCAAACCAGAAUGUGGGGAGUGCUGUGGUGGAGGAACAAGAUGAAAUCAUUUGGCCUUUAAACCAGGUAGGUUAA